AUGACUCAGGCUUCUUGGGCUCAGCAGGAAACCGACCGCUUCUUUGGCGACCGCACAUCGCCUUCACAAAUGCAAUGUAACGAGAUUGCACGAGCUAUUUCUGGGGCUUCGAUCGUCGGCCCUGUCGACAGCCCAGGCUCCAUGAGCUACACUGUCGUCUGCAAUGGAUGCUCCGGACAAUAUCAUGAUGUUGUUGUUUCCUUUAGAGAACCAUGCGCUGUACUCAACAGCGAGAUGAUGAGGUUGGCCAAGGCGAUACACGGAGGUCUGGUACCAGAGUCGACCUGCCAUGGAACCCUGGAGGGAGCUGAUCCACCGCUCCUUAUCUACUCCAUGCCCUAUCUGCGAGGAUCAUCGUACAUUAAUGUCCUGAGUUUCCAAGUUGAGAUGAACCCUGGUGAAGAAGCCAAACACUUAACAUUUAUUAAGAACUUGGCGCAGUAA